AUGGAUGGGAAUCAUAUCUUUGGUAGCAUACCAAAAUCUGUAGGUCAACUUACAAGCUUGACAUCGCUCAACAUCAACCACAACUUGAUCUCUAGUGAAAUCCCAGCAGAGUUCAGUAGACUCAGUAAACUUCAAAUCCUGCUUCUGGCGGGGAACCAGAUUCAAGGCCCAAUUCCAGCAGUGCUUGGUAAUCUAAGCGAAAUCACGGUGCUUGAUUUGUCGGGUAAUAUUCUUGGACGAAGUAUACCAGCCACUUUUGCUAAUUACCAGAGAUUGCAAUCACUUGAUCUAUCAAACAACAAAUUCAAUGGAAGUAUUCCAAAAGAGAUCUUUUCCAUUUCUAGUCUCAGCUCUCUACUGAAUCUUUCAAGGAACCAACUUUCAGGCCGUUUGCCAGAGGAGAUUGAAAGAAUGGAGAAUGUUGUCAUUGUUGAUCUUUCCGAUAACUUGUUAUCUGGUGAUAUUCCUGAAUCCAUUGGAAAGUGUCAUAGCUUGCAAGUUUUUUCCAUGUCCAACAACUCAUUCACAGGGUUUAUACCUGAACAAAUCUCCAAUUUGAAAGGUUUGCAGAGUCUUGACCUUUCUUCCAACCAACUCUCAGGGAUUAUUCCUAGUGAUCUCGGUAAACUUGGAGGUCUCCAAUUCUUGAACCUCUCAUUCAAUGAUCUCCAAGGAGUGAUACCAAAUGAAGGCAUCUUUAAAAAUGCUUCUUCUGUUCAUCUCCAAGGAAACAGUAAGCUUUGCAAUUUAUCUUCACCUAAUUGGUGCCAACAAAGUAGCAAAGGUGGAGGGAAGAAGAAUACUUCACGUCUCAUUGUUCUGUUUGUUGUAAUUUUUUUUGUGACCUGCAGCAUGCUUGUACUUGUAGUAUGGUUAGUGUUUUUCAGGAAGGGAAGAAGAAGAAACCAUGGACAAGUUAUCUCUUCACAUACAAACUCAUUCAAGGGUCAACACCCUCUGAUUUCCUAUGAAGAGCUUCUCCGAGCAACCGAAAACUUCAGUUCAAGCAAUCUCAUAGGCACCGGAAGCUCGGCCUCUGUUUUUAAAGGUGUUCUUACUAAUGGCGUGGCAGUUGCCAUCAAAGUCUUGAAUCUCGGAAUCCAUGGCGCUGCCAAGAGCUUCCUGGCCGAAUGCGAAGCUCUGAAGAACGCAAAGCAUCGAAAUCUAGUGAAGUUGGUGACAUCAUGCACCAGUAUAGACUUUGAGAACAGAGACUUCAUUGCAUUAGUUUAUGAGUUCAUGAGUGGUGGAAGCUUGGAGGAUCUCAUUCAUGGAUCAGGAGACCUCACCAUACUUGGGUUAGUUCAUUUGCAAUCAUUACAACUUGAUAGGUUGAACAUUGCCAUGGAUGUAGCUAGUGCAGUAGAUUAUCUACACAAUGACUGCCAACCUCCAGUAGUGCACUGUGACCUGAAGCCAAGCAAUGUAUUGUUGGAUGAAGAGAUGAAUAUUGCAAAGGUUGGAGACUUUGGAUUGGCAAAGUUGACGGUUGAUCAGGAGCCAAGCUCUUCUACCAAAUGGAUCAAAGGUUCCAUUGGAUACAUACCUCCUGAGUAUGGCUAUGGAGGAAGAGCAUCAACCAGAGGAGAUGUUUAUAGUUAUGGAGUGAUGUUACUUGAGCUUCUCACAGGGAAGAGACCAACCAAUGAGGCCUUUCAACAGAGCUUGAGUUUAGAGAAAUGGGUACGCAUGGCAUUCCCUGAUAGAAUCAUGGAGGUAAUGGACCCUAAACUUGGUACCAGCUAUGAACUGACAACUAAUGGAGAGUUGAUGAUAAGCUCAGAGAAGCAGGAAGGGUGCAUGAUCUCCAUGGUUAGUGUUGGGUUGGCAUGUGCCACGGACUCACCUGAAGCUCGUGUUGGCAUUAGAGAUGUCAUCGAACAACUCAAAGUCAUCAAGAAUACUCUCAUGAACCCAGACCUUGAUUUCUAA